CAUUUACUUGGGCCAAAGCCCUACCCAAUCUCCCAACUCCCAAUCCUUUCGGUCCCAGAAGCCAGACCUUCAGAACCCUUUGCAGCGGCUAAUCUGUGAAUCGGAGCACAUGCAGAGACGAGCACAGGCUAUGAGACGGAGAGACGGAGCUUCCGGGGCAUACACGACGAGGUCGAGCUUCUGAAGCGCUGCGUGACCAGUGGUGUCCGGACACGAAUUCCCCUAUCGCAACUCGUCUCUGGCCCGUCAAUCCCUGGAACUCUGUGAAACCUGAUUUGAAGCAAUGAGAAGGCUUUCAAAAAGUUCCAGAAUCACAUUCAAAAAUGUGAGGGACUUUGAAUCAAACAAAGGUAUGAGAUGUGAUGAAAAAACUUCUUUUGGGUGGGCUCACUACUUAAUUUCACUACACAAUAUUUCCCUAAAUCAAAAAAAUACCCCUGGCUUUGUUUCUUGCUGAUUUUUGAGCCAGAUUCAAGUAUAUCACACUGUACUCUCAUUAGAGGCUAAACGUUCAUGCAAAUAAGUUAAUCAAUACAUACAAACGUGUGUGUGUGUGUGUCUAUAUAUAUAUAUAUAUGUGUGUGUGUGUGUGUGUGUGUGUGUGUGUGUGUGUGUAGUUCCGAAAUGAGUUCGGAUUCGGCAUCAUGGUUGUGCCGUCCGGUAAGGGAAUGAGUUCCGAAAUUCCGGUGGAAACCUCUUCGGUAGCCAUGGUUGUGCCGUCCUCACCACUACCCUUCAGGGCAAGUGUAGGGGCGGCAACCAUGACGUCAUUUUCAAUGCCGAGCUCGAUCUUCGGGUCGGCCCCUCGACCCAUUCCCGGGCUCGAAACCACGGGGGAUCACCCCGUCGGUAAUUCGAACCCGUUUCUCAGACCGACUACGGCUUCGGCCUCGACGGUCAACUUUGGACCGAACGCGGGCUUUCCCACACCGGUCAACGUAGGACCGAACACGAGUUUCCCCACACCGGUCAAUCCAUUCGUUGGACCCCAUUGGGCGACUAACGGGCCUUUCCUCCACACGCCCAAUGCAGUUGGGCCGAUUUCGGUGCCCGCUAAUUCGGUUCAAAGGCCACUGAAGUUCAAUAGGACUAACUUCAAGAUGUGGCAACAAAAGAUGAUGUUCUUCUUGACCGUCCUGGGAUUUGCUGAGUACCUACAGCAAGACCCCCCCCAGCCCAAUGAAGCCAACGACCCCCUUGUGGCGAUGGUGAACCAAGUGUGGUACCACAACAACUAUCUCGCCAUAAAUACUAUUCUUGAAGGGCUGGGAGAUACGUUGUACCCCGUCUAUGCCAGUGCUAAGCUUGCAAAAGAGCUUUGGAACGGCUUGAACAAGAAAUAUCAAGCUGAAGAUGCCGGCACGAAGAAGUUCAUCGUCGGGAAGAUGCUGGACUACAAGAUGAAAGUAGGCGUCAGUGAGGAAUUCCAAGUGGCAGCCAUCAUCCACAAACUUCCCCGAUCGUGGGAAGACUUCCAAGUCGACCUCAAGCUCAAAAGAACAGAGCUAAACCUGGAGCAACUGCUCACACGACUGAGAAUCAGAGAGGAGGGGCUUGCUAGAAGAAGUGGAGGUGCGAAGGCGAAUGUUGUAGAACAUCCGUCGGGCUCUUCACAUGGCGGGAAGGACAAAAAGAAGAUGGGUCCUAAAGGUGGAGUUUCUAAACUUGCAGGAAAGUGCUACAAUUGUGGAAUUACCGGGCAUCGUUCCUCUGAUUGUAGGAAAAAGAAGCCACAAAAGGGAAUGAAGAAAACCACUGAAGCCAUGUGUGCGGAGCUUGAAAACUUGGACCUCUACGCGGUUGUCACCGAGGCAGUCCAAACGGCUAUAGCUUCCAUUACUCAUGAUUUGGAGAAUAGAACAAUUCAUUGCAAGGAAGUGCAAUCAAAUGGUCAAAAAGUGGAAGAAAUUAUAGUCUCUGGUCACACUGCCAUUCCAAGCAAAGAGGAGACUUCUAGUACCCAGCAACAGCUAGUUCUUCUAGACGGUCAAGAUGACGGUCAGUUUAAGACAGCUCCGGAAGUGCAAGACACAAGUUUGGAUGUACCUAUUCUAACAGAGAUUAAUUUAUUAAUGAUUGAUGAAAUAGAAGAUAAAUCAGCAAGAGGUGAUCUACAAAAAGAAUUUGAGCUUCUUUUGCCCUUGUUUGAACAACAUAUUAACGAGGAUUUUGAGCAAGCUCUUUGGGUCAUUAAAGAAGCAAUACGCUCCCCUUUCGUCAAGGAGAAGAUUCAGAAGGGCCUAGUUACGACACUGGAGGGUAAAGCACUCAAAGCUAAAAGGGAUGCUAUGAAGAGUGCACAAUCCAUUCGGGCAAUUAAGUUGAGAUGUACACGACAUCCGGUUCUGCUUUGCUGUGCAAACAUUGACGAACCAAUUAUAAGGACCAUGUGUGCUCACCUCAUUGACUAUGAGUGAUCGGGAGGACAUCUUUGGUGGAAUCAAGUGGAGGUAUUGUC